AUGCCUCUGAGUGCGACAAUGGUCGGAGCUUUGCUGGGUCUCGGUACCCAGAUGUACUCCAACGCUCUCCGCAAGCUCCCGUAUAUGCGCCAUCCGUGGGAACAUGUGGUGGGUAUGGGACUUGGAGCUGUGUUCGCGAACCAGCUUGUGAAAUGGGAUGUGAAGCUCAAGGAAGAUCUCGAUGUCAUGCUCAACAAGGCUAGAGCUGCUAAUGAGCGCCGUUACUUUGAUGAAGAUCGGGAUUAG